CGCGAGAAAGUAUAUUGGCAUUUAUUGACUGUGAACUCUGGACACCCAUACCCAGUAAGAAAUGGACUCCCCCUACUUCCGAGGUGGCCUCACCCCCGCUUGCGUUGACUGGUCCAUUCGUUGGUGCUAUCGACGAUGGUACAACCUCCGCCAGGUUCAUAAUUUUCCGGGCCGGCACCGACGAGAUCGUGUGCUUCCACCAGAUCGAGGUGGAAUCGAUCUUUCAGAAGGAAGGGUGGUGCGAGCAGGACCCCAUGGUCAUCGUAAACACAGUCAACGAGUGUAUCGCUGGUGCCUGCAAGAAGCUUGUUACUCUUGGCGGUAAAGUUGAGGAAAUUAUCACAAUUGGAAUAACGAAUCAACGCGAGUCCACGGUAGUGUGGGAUAAAAAUACGGGAGAGCCGCUAGUCAAUGCUAUAAUCUGGCUUGACAACCGGACUACAAGUACGGUAGAGCAACUUCUGGAGACGAUUCCGAACAACGCUAGGAACAUCAACUACUUGCGACCCCUAUGCGGACUCCCUCUUUCGCCUUACUUCUCGGGCGUGAAGCUUCGCUGGCUGCGGGACAAUGUUCCAGUAGUCAGUCAGGCUAUGGAAAAAGGCACGGCCAUGUUUGGUACCAUCGACACCUGGCUUAUGUACAACCUGACUGGCGGCAAGGAAGGAGGUGUCCACAAGACCGAUGUAACCAAUGCCUCGCGGACAAUGCUGAUGAACAUCGAGACCCUUCAGUGGGAUCCCAAUUUGCUAAAGUUCUUCGGCCUACCCAGGAGUAUUCUGCCGGAGAUCUGCUCAAGCGCCGAGCUCUACGGAAACAUUGCACAUGGAGUGCUUAAGGGCAUUAGUAUAAGUGCGGCUUUGGGCGACCAGCAGGCGGCUCUUGUGGGGCAACAGUGCCUGGCCAAGGGUCAGGCAAAGGGUACCUAUGGCACUGGAUGCUUCCUGCUCUACAACACAGGGAAUUCAAUCGUGCACUCUCAACACGGGCUGCUAACGACCGUGGGCUACCAACUGGGUCGGAAGGCUGCCCCAUUCUACGCCCUCGAAGGCAGUGUAUCAAUUGCGGGCGCGGCCUUCAACUGGCUGCGCGAUAACAUCAACCUCAUCCAAAACUCUGGCCAAAUCGAAACAAUGGCCAGCACUGUGGAUAACUCUCUGGACGUUUACUUUGUGCCAGCAUUUAAUGGACUCUACGCCCCCUAUUGGAACCAAGACGCCCGGGGCGUUAUUUGUGGACUAAGCGAGGAGACAACUAGUGAGCACAUUGUGCGAGCCACCUUGGAGGCGGUUUGCUUUCAGGUUCGAGAUAUUCUUGAAUCGAUGCACAAGGACUGUAAAAUUCCUCUGACUAAGCUGAUGGUGGACGGGGGCAUGACUGUGAACAACCUGUUCUUACAACUGCAGUCCGACCUAGUAGGGAUACAAGUGCUCAGGGCCAAGAUCGCGGAGACAACAGCGCUGGGAGCUGCCAUGGCAGCCUACAAAGCCGUUGAAAGUCGCUACCAAAUAGAAGCUCCACUUUCAAAGUCUGGCCAUCGAGAAGCCAUUAAACCGUCCAUCAGUGCCACCGAUCGCGAUAUCCGCUAUCAGAAGUGGAAAAUGGCCAUUGAGCGUUCUUUAAACUGGGAGACUUCGACGCUUCCGCACGGCGAGCGCGAGGCCUUCGAUGGAGCGUAGUUGCAGCUGCUUGGGAUUUGGUGAUGGUUGUUUCAUUUGUGAGGCCUGGCCCAAAGGCCCAAUCUGUGUUCGACAUUUCGAUUUAUUGCAUAUAUAUAAAAUGUUGAUGAAAAACGUA